AUGCGUCCAUCCUUAUUGCUAUUACUAUUUUUGGUCUCCAUAUGCUCUGCAUUCACAUCGGCCAAUGAAAUUGUUGCAUUUGUACGAGUUUGCCAGAAUGCUUCUCAUCUGGCGUGUUGGUUUUUUAAGGAGGGCAACACGGUGGAGUUGGAGCUCGGCAAAUAUCAAGUCUAUCGGCGAAAAGUCGACGCCGGCAAACACGUCUUUCGAAUUUGCACGCCGAAAACCAAAAAGAACGGAAAAUGCGGAUUCUGGAUGAAUAAUAAGACGAAAAAGCGGGUGAAGAACGCGCCAAAAACGAAGCGGCAAAAUGCGAAAUUUUUGGUGUUGGAUCGUGUUACCCAAAAGGACAGUGGAACCUAUGCAUCCGACGGUUUUAAUAUCACAUUGAAUGUUAUUAAGAAAACUUUGAAAGGAUAA